AUGAACCGUCGGGCCCGAGAAGAAGAAAUAAUCAAUGCCAACAAUCCAAUUGACAAAUACAAGUGGAUCGGAGACCCCUCUGCAAGUGAUGUCUCCAAUGCUGAGCCCUACUACAUCCCUGUUCCUGUCCCGAACCUACACCUACACUGGCAGAUCCUGUUCCUUGCGGCACUGCAGAUUCGACAUAUCACAUCCGCAUCGGAUCGAUCGCCACGCGAUCCCGACAACCAGGAAGGCCAGAUCAGUGGCUCGCUCAGUCCUCACAAUGAUCUGUCAAUUAAAUAG